GAUCAAACCAGCAUUACCCGACACCCACUGCCCACUGGCUGACUGAGCUACGUCGUCGUCGUCAUCAUCAUCACAAGCUUGAUUUUCUUUUUGAAACACGCCGAGAAGUAAACAGAUCGAUCAUACACAACAAUUUUCUUAGUCGCUGUGUGAAAUUUUGUUUUCUGUUGCGAAUUGGAGCAGAUACGUAAUGUCUAUUUGAUCCCUAGGAAGAUUUCGUUCAUUCACCUCUCGAUCGACCAGAAACCAGAUCUUAAUUCGGAAUCAAUCAAUACAGAUCUGAUCUACCUGGCCCCGGAUAAUUGAUGGCAGGGGCGGCCUCUGCGCUGUUCCUCCUCGACAUCAAAGGCCGUGUUCUGGUGUGGCGCGACUACCGUGGCGACGUCUCUGCAGUUCAGGCCGAACGUUUCUUCACCAAACUGAUUGAAAAAGAGGGUGAUCAAGAUUCUCAAGAUUCUCAAGGUCCAGUUGUCUAUGAUAAUGGUGUCACUUAUAUGUUCAUACAACACAGCAAUAUAUAUCUAAUGAUUGCUUCGAGACAGAACUGUAAUGCUGCUAGUCUUCUCCUAUUUCUACACCGUUUAGUUGAUGUGUUUAAGCAUUACUUUGAGGAGUUGGAAGAGGAAUCACUUCGAGAUAACUUUGUUGUAGUGUAUGAGUUGCUUGAUGAAAUGAUGGACUUUGGUUACCCUCAAUUCACUGAAGCUAAAAUCCUUAGUGAGUUCAUCAAGACUGAUGCAUAUAGGAUGGAAGUUUCACAGAGACCUCCCAUGGCUGUUACAAAUGCUGUCUCAUGGCGUAGUGAAGGAAUACAUUACAAAAAGAAUGAGGUGUUUUUGGAUGUUGUGGAGAGUGUGAAUAUGCUCGUGAACAGUAAUGGGCAAAUAGUUAGAUCAGAAGUCGUUGGUGCAUUGAAGAUGCGAACUUAUUUGAGUGGUAUGCCUGAGUGUAAGCUUGGACUGAAUGAUAGAGUAUUAUUGGAGGCACAAGGACGAACUACAAAGGGAAAAGCCAUUGACUUGGAUGACAUUAAGUUCCACCAAUGUGUGCGAUUGGCUCGUUUUGAAAAUGAUAGGACAAUAUCAUUUGUGCCUCCUGAUGGAGCGUUUGACCUGAUGACAUAUCGACUUAGCACUCAGCUAGGAGUCAAUUCAAGGAGCGAAGCACUGCAACAAAUGUCGAAAUUGAAUUGCCUGUGCCAGCGGAUGCUACUAACCCUAAUAUUCGAACUUCCAUGGGAUCUGCUUCCUAUGCACCAGAAAAACGAUGCUCUCUCCUGGAAAAUUAAAUCUUUUCCAGGUGGUAAGGAAUAUAUGUUGAGAGCCGAGUUUAGUCUUCCGAGUAUAACAGCGGAAGAAGCGGUCCCCGAGAGAAAAGCUCCUAUCCGUGUCAAAUUCGAGAUACCAUAUUUUACGGUCUCAGGAAUUCAGGUUCGUUAUCUGAAGAUUAUUGAAAAGAGUGGUUACCAAGCUCUUCCGUGGGUUCGAUAUAUAACAAUGGCGGGUGAAUACGAACUAAGACUUAUGUGAAUUGUUUGUUUGUUUGUUUGUUGUUGUUUCAUGCACUUAUUAAAGGAAACUUGUAACUUGUCAUCAUGUUGUUUACUUACAAAAAAAAAAAACCUUGUUUUUGUGUAUUUUUUUGGAACCUCAAAUCUGUAAUUACAUUUUGGACAUUUCUACUUUAU